GGAAUAUUCACAGCUGUAUUGUAAUACGUACAGGAUAGCUGGAGGCUGUAGAUAAUAUUAAUAAUAAUAAUAACCAAGAAUGAUGUGGCUGAUAUAUACUUUUUUACUUACUGUAUUUGGGUUUGCAUUGCUGUUCUUGAAAGAAAAAAAGCAGAAGCCUUGGAUGGAAAACUCCCUCCCAAGUCUCCCUUCAUUUCCUGUGAUAGGGAGUCUUCUCAGUCUCUGGACUCACCAUCUUCCACACAUUCACUUCCAGGAGCUGCAGAAGACAUAUGGGCCCAUCUACUCACUCAUGAUGGGCUCCCACAGCGUCAUCAUCGUCAACGACCAUCGGCACGCUAAAGAAGUGCUUCUUAAAAAGGGCAAAACGUUUGCUGGAAGACCCAGAACUGUGACUACCGAUAUCCUAACAAGAGAUGGUAAAGACAUCGCCUUUGCAGACUACAGUGCCACGUGGAAAUUUCACAGAAAGAUGGUCCAUGCCGCACUGUGUAUGUUUGGUGAAGGAUCCUCUUCAAUUGAAAAAAUUAUCUGCAGAGAAGCCAUCUCCAUGUGCAAGACCCUGGAGGACCUGCAAAGCACGGCCGUCGACCUGGCCCCAGAGCUGACCCGCGCCGUCACCAACGUCGUCUGCUCCUUGUGCUUCAGUUCGUCCUACGAGCGCGGAGACCCUGAGUUUGAAGCCAUGUUGAAAUACAGUCAAGGCAUAGUGGACACAGUGGCCAAAGACAGCCUGGUGGACAUCUUCCCCUGGUUACAGAUAUUCCCCAAUGAAGAUCUCAGAAUCCUAAAGCAGUGUGUGGCUGUUAGAGAUGACCUUCUUCAGAAGAAGUAUGAUGAGCAUAAGGCACAGUACAGCAAGGAUGUGCAGCGGGACCUCCUGGAUGCCCUGCUGAGGACCAAGAGGAGCUUAGAGAACAACAACACCAUGACCCAAGACGUGGGCCUGACUGAUGACCACAUGCUUAUGACUGUCGGGGACAUCUUUGGUGCUGGAGUAGAAACCACAACUACUGUUCUGAAAUGGUCCAUUGCUUACCUCAUACACAACCCACAGGUUCAAAAGAAGAUUCAGGACGAGCUGGAUUCUAAGAUCGGCAUGGAGAGACAUCCCCAGCUCCGUGACAGAGGAAACCUGCCAUACCUAGAGGCCACCAUCAGAGAGGUGCUCCGAAUACGGCCCGUGUCUCCGCUUCUCAUACCUCAUGUGGCCCUUACAAACACAAGUAUUGGGAAAUACAUGGUUCAGAAAGGGACUCGAGUCAUCAUUAACCUCUGGUCUUUGCACCAUGAUGAAAAGGAGUGGAAAAAUCCAGAGAAGUUUGAUCCAGAACGUUUUCUGGAUGAGGAGGGGAACAGCGUGGGUUCCCCAUCUGCCAGUUACUUGCCAUUCGGGGCAGGGAUCCGGGUGUGUCUUGGAGAGGCUCUGGCGAAGAUGGAGCUGUUCCUAUUCCUGUCCUGGAUCCUUCAGCGGUUCACACUGGAGGUGCCGCCAGGGGAGCCCUUGCCUGAUCUGCAGGGGAGGUUCGGCGUGGUCCUGCAACCUCAGAAGUACAAGGUUAAUGCCAGGCUUAGGGCUGGCUGGGUACAAAAGUAGCAGAUUUUAGAAACUUCAAUGAGCUUUGUAAAUACACGUAAUAAUUCAAGCAACACUACAAACCAUAAACGUCAUAACAUUUCUCACAUAAUUCUGUUUGUAAUUUUCCACGAGUCUGUAAUGGCUCUGUAGUUUUUUCCUUAACAGGUAUCUGAGUUUUAUCAUUAGCAGAAUAUGCUCAUUAAGCUAAUCAACAUGUCACAUCUUAGUCCAGUUUAGCCAUCACAGUUACUAAGUUUAUGUUGACAUAAGUACAAAAUAAUAUUGUCUCCAGAGUAUGUUUAUUGAACAUAUAGCAUUCCCAAUAUUCAUAUUCUGCUGACAUUUAAAAGGAUACCACCAUGAAUGAUAACAAAUGGAUUAUAUACAAAAUGCAUACAGUGAUACAAAACUCGUUCAGUAAAACCAGCAAUUUCCUGUGGAGAAGGGAUGGCUUUAAUAUGAAUUUCAUGAUAAAUGUUUUAAACAUGUAAUCCACUGUACAAGUAGGAAAAAAGUACAGUGACAAGUCAACCUUUCAUUAAACAAUUUUCAAGGUAUUUCUAAAGGUGGAUUCAGCUUCAAACUAACAAUCUUAAAAAUCCUAUAACAAGAAUUGUUAAUUUGUUCAGAAAUCUGGACAAAUUAAUUGAAUGUUUAUAACUUUGGUAUGCAUACACAACAUUGCACAGUCGUCAACACUAAGUGGUUAAAAAUAAAUGGCGAUGGAAAAAAAAUCAUGAAUAUGAUAUGUAUUGAGCUCUAUAAUUUUUGCACUUUUGUUACUGUUUAAAAAUAAAACAUCUAAUGGAAAACAAGCCUCAUAUAUCAUCUCCCCAACUCUCCAGUGAAAUAAAAGAUUUGAUUUUAGGUUUUCAGCCAAAACAUUAUAGAAGCUAUACCCAGUAUAGAUGUUUUUUGGUACAACUGAUGUGAAAACACAUUUUAUAACUACCACCUUUGAAUUAAUCUUUGUAAGGUUUAGCAGUGCAAAGCCUUUGUACUAGUGGGUGUUUUGGACUGUUGUAUCUCACAUCACUGCGAUUCACACUACUAGGUCAGGGUGAAUCAAAUGAGAACAAUGUUGGCUGUUGGUGGGACAGGGUCCUGGAGGUCCUUCAGCUCAUCCUUGGAAGUCUGAUGUGCUUUUACAAUUUAUUAUAGAGUAACUGGCAAAGUUUUUUUCUUCCUAAAAAGGCUGCAUAUCAAAGCACAACUAGUCAAUCAUAACACUUGUCUCUACUCAAGAUUUAUUUCGCUAGGAGCUGUUAGUCACCAACAGUUCUCAUUUUUAAGACGAACACGAGAGGAGUCUGUGAACUUCGAAAGUGAUAAUCCUACUUUGAGGCAUUUUGCUUUGUAAGCUCUCUUGUCAUUUAAGGAGGAGUGGGUGAUCAGUACGACUUUUUAAAUUCAUCUUUAUUUUAAAUAUUGGCUUACUUGGUUUGAGGGCAGUUUCCCUGUAAGGCUUAACAGAUGGAUAUA